GCCUCGUCACGCAGGCAGAUGUUUUGCUGCAUGUAGCCUUCUGACCAGCAGUGGCAACUCAAGAACCCCUGAUGUCUGUCAGCAGCACUGUUCUUCUCCAAGCUGGACUAUGAUACGGUCACCUUCAGUGGCUUCGACAUCUCCCUUUGCGACCUCAAGUGCAAGAUCAUGCACAAGGAGAAGCUGAAGGCAGCCAACUGUGAUCUGCAGAUCAGCAAUGCCCAGACCAAAGAAGAAUACACAGAAGAUGCCCUGAUUCCUAAAAACUCAUUGGUAAUCGUUAAAAGAAUCCCUGCUGGAGGAGUUAAAGCUACCAGCAAAACGGAUGUUACGGCUCCUCAGUCACACAAAAUCCCAGGAGCAGCUUCUUUCAGAAGUCGAACUGAGCCAGUGAGCAGAACAUCGGAAGCAAACUUGGAUAUGCGUUUAUUUUUUGCUGCACAAAAGAAUGGUGAGUCUUCUGCAUCUAAUUCUCUGGCCCAGCUUUCAAAGACUGCCAACCUGGCUGAAGCCAGUGCUUCUGAAGAAGAUAAAAUAAAAGCCAUGAUGAUACAGUCUUUCCGUGAAUAUGAUCCAGUCCAGUAAGUGUUGA